UGCAUGUUGUUUAUUUAUUAGAUGUAAUGUGAUAGAUGCAUUUUAAUGCAUGUGGAACCCAUUUCCCUACAUGUUUUAAAGCUUGAUUUUUGACAUUGUUUUAGAUGUUUGCUUUUUGUUGGAUAGGUUUUCCUUCUGCAUUCUUGUAGUAGGCUUCGCCUUUUGUGUUUGUGCCUUUUACCUGCUCAAUUUCUUAGUGCUGUGUAAGUUACAUAAUUUAGCAUCCCACCAUCUGACCUGAUCAAAAAGUAUAUAGUGUUUGUCUAUUAGUAAAAAUGUUUAUCUUAUUAUAUUUACUGCAUCCAACAACCUUGGAACUUAAGAGAAUCAUCCUGGCUGUCUGGAUUCAGGCUGAUACUGGUUUUAUAUACUGAUAGUUUGACAGUUACGCAUUGUGAAGAGUUACCAGAAACAGAGAGUUUCAAAUGUCAGAGAUGAUCUCUAGUGUGAUUGUCUUUCAUCUCUGGACAGUGAUUGGCUGCCGGGACUUGAAUGACAAACUGGACCUUUUCGUGUUUGAGUGCAUCACAUCGAUUUUGGAUGUAUCUAUAUCAUUGUGAGUUUUUACACUGGAUUUAUUUGGCACACUAUCAAACUAAACUCCUUUUGACUUUAUUUGCACCUUUCAUUUUUGGUGUAAUGCUCUAAAUCCUUGGAGAUAUUUACAAAAACACAAGCAUCUGCGAUCAUGGGGGCUGCUCGAGUGAAGCGACGCUUCAGUGCGGUCGUGGACACUCCUUUGGACGAGGAGGAAGUCAUGAGGUUGGCUCAAAGUGAUGAUGUCACUACGCCCUCCAUGAGUGAGCCUACCUCUUCCAACUGCAAUGGGAAAGUACUUAAACUUCACCGUAGCAACGGAGGAAGGAGUGGAGAAAGGGACGACGAUGAUGAAGAUGAUGAUGACUAUGGAGAAAGAGGAGAAAGGAGAGGGGGAGAAAGGUGUGGCUCAGUGCUCAGGGGUGAGGCUGGGGAAGAAGGAAGGUGGGAAAAGAUAAGACCAUCAUCCUCACCUUCUCUCUCGCCCUCGCCGGCCCAUGAUCGCCAGUGCCGCCAGCCCCGCCGGCGCUUUGUAGGCAAGGACGGGCGCUGCAACGUCACCUUCGUCAACAUGAGCGACAGGGGCCAGCGCUACCUCACCGACCUAUUCACCACCUGUGUGGACAUCCGCUGGCGAUGGAUGUUUGUGGUGUUCACCCUCUCCUUCUUGCUCUCCUGGCUUCUCUUCGGUUUUGCCUUCUGGCUCAUCGCGGCCGCUCACGGGGACCUGGCUCCCCCAGCAUCAUCUUCACCUUCAUCUAUUUCUUCUUCUCUCGCUCCACCGGAAGCUGCAAGGGAUUACGGUCCAGCGGUGACAGCAGAGACGGAGGAACGCUGCUUUCAGCAGGUGAACAGUUUCAUGGCAGCGUUCCUCCUCUCUCUGGAGACGCAGACGUCUAUAGGCUAUGGCUUCCGGAGCGUUACGGAGGCCUGCCCCCUGGCGGUGCUGGCUGUCGUCUUGCAGUGCAUUGUGGGCUGCAUCAUCGACGCUUUCAUCAUCGGGGCGGUGAUGGCUAAGAUCGCCAAGCCCAAGAAGCGUAAUGAGACGCUGGUGUUCUCGAAUAUGGCAGUUGUGGCCAUGAGGGACGGGAAACUCUGCAUGAUGUGGCGAGUGGGAAACCUGCGCAAAAGCCACCUGGUCGAGGCCCAUGUACGAGCACAGCUACUGAAGCCACGGUUGACCCCUGAGGGCGAGUUCCUGCCAUUGGACAAUGAAGACAUAAAUGUCGGCUUUGACACUGGAACAGAUCGCAUCUUUUUGGUGUCACCUGUGACCAUCGUGCAUGAGAUUAAUGAAGAGAGUCCAUUCUUCGAGAUGGACAGGCGUACACUAGAGGGAGACAAAGAACUGGAAGUGGUGGUAAUUCUGGAGGGCAUGGUGGAGGCCACAGCCAUGACAACCCAAUGCCGGUCUUCAUAUCUGGCCUCUGAGAUCCUCUGGGGUCACCGCUUCGAGCCUGUGCUCUUUGAGAGGAAGAACUGCUAUCAGGUGGACUACUCCUACUUCAACAGGACCUACAAGGUUACGGACACGCCCACCUGUAGUGCUAAAGAGUUAGCAGAGAGACAGUACAUCUUGGGAUCCCGUUCCUCUUUCUGUUACGAGAACGAGGUGGCUCUGCAGCUCUCCUCCUCUGUCUCUCCCUGCCCUGACCAGUACUCUCCCUCCCCCUCGUCUGCACCCUCUCCGUCACCUUCUUGCGUACACCCCACACCUCCACCCCGACAUGAGUCCUGUAGUGAGCAUCCACAUAUACACUGAGCCAUGCGGCUGGAUUCAAAGGGGAAAACAAUGGUCAGGGUAAAAGAGAAAGAAUGGAUACAGGCCAGAACGCUGGGAGGACUUAGAAUUGGGGGUAGGGAGAGAAGAUCAGAAUAGAGACAAAGAGCUGGAAAGACAGACUUGGUCGGGGGACUGAGGCAAAGAGAGUCAUAAAGGAACAAUGUAAGACCUUGGGUUGAUAAAUGACAAUAGAUCUUACUUAAGACAGAGAGGGGUGAGAAAAGACAGAAAGCACAAAAGAUUGAGAGUAGGGGAGUAAAAUGGGCUUCUCACUGCCCUGGGACGUAGAGAACGAUAAAGGGUUGGAUUCACUAAAAAGUGGUGCAUAAUAACCUGCAUCCUUUUUGAUAACCAUUUACAACUUAAUCAGGCUUUGUGCAUAUGUGGAUUUUUCACACCUCUAUGAUGUAUUUCUGUGCAUUGCCUAUUAGCAGGAAUAUGCUAAGUUAUGAAGCUAUUAUUUAAUAAUAAAAAGCAUAACCAUAUAUGGUACAAGCAGGUAAAUUGCACAGUUAGUUUUAAUUGCUUUGUUUGCACACUUAUUUGCAUCUUUAUUUGCAUAAUUCCUUUAGACAGCACAUGGAAAUAACAAAUCCUUUUUGGUUAAUUCCACUGAGACUUUCAGGUGGGGUUGUUAUUGAGUCAGAAUACAGGGGAAUGUAGAACCACAGGAGAUUCAGGUCAAACAGACUGAAAACAGACUCAUGAAAAACAGAUCAAAUUCAACUGAUCGGGGAGAGUGCAAGGGAGAAAAGAGGGAUAGAGAGGUCAUUUUAUAGGAGGAGGGCUGCGACACCGACCCAGUGGGCUGAAUGGUCUCGGCGAUCAACACUCAAACUGCACUUGCUCCAGCAUGUACCUGACAAAGUCACAACAGUGGCCACUAGUGGCUGCAACCAGUAACUGAUUUUAGAGCAGUGGUUGUUCUCAAACUUUUCAACUUGAGGACCCCUUUGUAUAGGGUGCAUCUAUUUGUAGACAUUUCCUUUUGAAUAUAACCUGCAAGGCCAGUAUUUAAGAGAUUUCCUUUUCUGAAAAUCUGACUACUUGUUGCAAUAACUUUUGUGUCUUGAAUUAAAUGUCUGAGUAGCUGCUAGAGCCACUGCAAACCAAGAAACUAUUGAAAAUCUGCAGCAUUUUCAGGUUUCUCUAACUGUAUGUACUGUAUUUUUAAUUAUUUAGGACCCUGUCUGUGAAAUCUAGGCUAAAGUCAUUAUGUAUGAUGAUUGUAUUUAGAAAACACACUCUAAAAAUGUUGGGUUCUUUUUAACCCAGCGUUUGGGUCAAAAAGGGACGAGCCCAGCCCGUUGCUAGGUUGUUUUAACCCAAAAUGCUGGGCUGUUUUAACCCAUUGUUGGGUCAAAAAUAAACAUUUUUGGGUUAAUUUAACCCAAGACUGGGCUCCCUUUUGACCCAAUGCUGGUCUGUAAAUCACAAAAAAUCAUUUUGCUGGGCUUCACAGGCAGGGUCACAUUUAUUCAGGUCAUGUACUGUAUCAUGAUACACAAAUUCUACAUGUGACCACCACUUGUGUUCAGCACAUUUACUGUAAUCUCUAACAAAAUAUAACACAUACACAUUCAGUGUUUAGACCUACCCAGUCUCCUGAGGAUGCGUAUAAAUAGC